AUCUGCGCGCAUGCGCACAUCAUUGUUUUGAUUGAAAAUGCCGUCGGUUUCGAAAACGGCGGCCAAUGCGUCUCCUCAAACUGAGAAACCGACCCACUAUACGUACUUAAAGGAGUUCAGGACAGAGCAGUGUCCGUUGUUCCUCCAGCACAAGUGCACUCAGCACAGACCCUUUACCUGCUUUCAUUGGCAUUUUCUUAACCAGCGACGCAGGCGACCCAUCCGAAGAAGAGACGGAACCUUUAACUACAGCCCGGACGUGUACUGCACGAAAUACGACGAGACUACAGGCAUUUGUCCAGAUGGAGAUGAUUGUCCUUAUCUACACCGAACCACGGGCGACACCGAGCGCAAGUACCAUCUACGAUAUUACAAGACUGGGACUUGUAUCCACGAGACAGAUGCUCGAGGGCAUUGUGUGAAGAACGGCCUUCACUGUGCUUUUGCUCACGGCCCACACGAUCUCCGGCCUCCAGUCUAUGAUAUCAGAGAGAUCCAAGCACAAGAGGCCCUCCAGAAUGGUCAGUUGGGAUCUGGGGAUGGUAUUCCUGAUUUACAACCUGGUGUGCUCGCUAGUCAAGCUAUGAUUGAGAAAACUUUAACUGAAGAUCCCAGGUGGCAAGAUACCAACUUUGUUUUAGCCAAUUAUAAGACAGAUCAGUGUACCAAACCCCCCAGACUAUGCAGACAGGGCUAUGCAUGUCCUCACUACCACAACAGUAGGGAUCGAAGGCGAAAUCCACGAAAGUUCAAGUACAGGUCAACUCCUUGUCCCAACGUGAAACACGGGGAUGAAUGGGGUGAACCCUCAAAGUGUGACAGUGGGGACAGUUGCCAGUAUUGUCACUCUCGCACUGAACAGCAGUUUCACCCAGAGAUCUACAAAUCUACCAAAUGCAAUGAUAUGCGUCAAACAGGAUACUGCCCCAGAGGGCCGUUUUGUGCAUUUGCACAUGUAGAAAGAAUUCCCUCCACAGAGGAGACAAUGAACUCAUUGCUGUCAGCCAUACAGUCGGGUUCACAGGCCCAGCUGGGCUCUCAGCAGUAUUUAGAGGGUCCAGUUGGUGAGUGGAACAGUGGGGGAAACUCCACCACCAACACAAGCAGUAGCAACGGACAACUAGGAAGUGUUUCAUGUUCAAAUAAUACAACAGUAACAACAUCCUCAGGAAGCGAAAGCUUGCUCUCCCCAGUGGGAUCCAUCAGCAGGCCCGUGUCCCUAACUAGUAGUAGUUUAUGUUCAGAGUCCAGUUCAUCCAGUGUUCCAUCUCUGAUGUCUAACUAUCCCAAAGCUCCGGGCUUUGAACGUGAGGAUCAGAUAAAGUGUAAGGGACAGACGGAGCAAAAAUUAAUGGACCAAGAUAAGCAGAUGCAAAAUACUGUAUUUUCUGCUGUGAACCCGUUGGCAUCAAGCUUCACGUCCAGCAUCACAUCAAGUUUGGCCUCCAGUAUUGGAUCCGAUAGUUCUUCACCCACCACCUUAUCCACCAUGAAUGCAAAGGCCACUCCUUUCUAUCCAGGGAGCAACACGGUGGAGUCCGUCAUCGGUUCUGCUUUAGACCUCAAUUUCAGCGACAUCAACGUUGCAUCUCUUGAUAAGGAGUUAGAGGAGCAAGAUAACAGUUUAGGACUUUCAAGUCAAAGGGUGCUGGGUGGGUCGGCUCCCGUCAACAUUCCCGGCUCCCUGGCGAGGUCCUCCUCUUUUAAUUCCUCGUCAUCGCUUUCCACCUCUCCGCUGAGCUCCCUCUCCCAGUCGCUGUCACAGUCGCUGCUGUCUGGAGCAGUGUCUCAGCAAAACCAUGCCGCCAUGUUAACCAAGCAGGAACAUGGCCUCCUGGGAACACCCACCUCCUCUUCCCAGAAUUCCCUGGGUUUGAAUGGAGGAGCAAGCAACAUCUGGGACUUUGUAAGUGGCAGCUUUUCUCCAAGUCCAUCCCCAGUUUUCAGCAGCCUGACCUCCACAUCCAGCAGCACUGAUCUGGCCCGCCUUUUUCGAGAGCUGGAUGAAGCUAAAAGGAAGAUCAAACAAUGGGAGGAGGCCUGGCAUCAAGUCAAGCAGGCGUUUGAAGCUUGUCAGAAAGACGCGCACGAAGCGAAGGAGCAAGCAAAGACGGCUGAGGCCGAGCGGCAGCUGGCAGAGCAGAAAUGGGAAGACGCAGAGCGCAAGCUGAAAGAACUCCAGGGAGACUUUGACGUGUUUUGUCGCACCCCUGGAACUCCUCUCCUCCGUAGCUACGGAGAGCUGGACCAGCUCUCCCUGUCCAAACUCCACUCUAUCCAGAGUCAGCUACGUAAUGACCUAGACCUUAUAGACGGGUUUGCAGCUCAUAUCGACUCUUUUCUUCCCCCAACAGGUAAUUUAUCAGCUUCAGUCAAAGAAAUGUAUAGUUUGCCAAAACCAUGAUCGUUGCGUUGUUCUGCAACCUUGCCAACAUUAUGUACUUUGUGAGAACUGUGCACCUAGUAAAGCAGAAUGUCCUUAUUGUAAAACAAAAAUAGUCAAGUGGUGAUGUACAGAAACUCGAGCUACUAUUUAGAAACUUAAUCCUGUUAAGAACUACUAAUCACACCUUUUCUAAGCAGUGAUGUCUGUUUUUUUCUGACGUCUGACUAUAAUCUGAAUUACACAAUAUUAGAAAUCAGUAUUAUAAAUCAGGUGUUCCCAGUAGACAUUCAUUUCUAAGGUAGCUCUUUUUAUUUUCUGUUCUGUUGGACAUAACAUUUUAUACUGCAUAUUCUCUGAUUAGAUUAUAAAUAACCGUAUUAUUCCAGCUUUAGGCACAGUAAAAGGCGCUGGGCUUUGGUCCAGUUACAGAUCAACAUUUUCAUAUUUAAUCUGAAAGCAAAACACAGCUAUAGAUUUUUCCAAAUAAACAGAAAAAGAACUAAACAGUGAGACAAGUUGAGCAAAAUGACAUCUUUUAAAAUGGACAGCGGUGAUAAACGUCAGGAGAAUGAAAGAUUGAAACCCCCUGAGGAGUGAGGUAGCAUCAAAAUGAACUUUCCGGAGAAUGAUUGAAGGCAUUCAGCACCAGCUUUUCAAAAAAGAAAAUAUACAAAAACAACUUCAGAAAUGAACAGAUAAAUAUAUAUAUAUAUGUAUAUAAAUACAUGUAUAUCAUUUUAGAAAUCUGUAUUAAGCUUUUGAGAAGGUUUUUUUGUCAACUGUAGAAGUGAUUCUUUUUAAGUUCAUAAAAAAACUGCAGUGUUUUUCAUACAAUAAUAUCUAUCAGUCACUAAGCUAAGCUUUAGCUCAAAACGCAUUUGAGCGUCUUUUCCUGGAUCCCACCAAAGUUUAUAUCAAAAUACAAAUAUUGCAUCUUAUUUUUUAUGUAAAUUUUUUUUUUUUUUUUUUUUUUUUUUUUUUUUACAAAAAUGAAUGUUUUUCAGUAAGCAAAAAAGGAACACAAAUUAAAUGCAAAUAAAAUUAAUUUGGCAGCUAAACCAUAAAAAUCUUAUGAAAUAUGUUUGAGUAAAAUUUCAUAUUUUGACUUAGCACCUCUUAUUUUAAAGCUAUUUCAAAUAUUUGGCUUAAGUAUUUUGCUAAACUUAAAAACACUUCACGUCCAAAAAAAAACAUAGUAUUAUCCUCAAAAAAAAAAAAAGCAGCAACAAAUGAUGCUAACAUGCAAAAAACCUUAAAGCAAUUAACCAAACAAUCAUAUUGACCAAGUUUCUAAGGAUAUUUCUCUGUUAUAAUCUUAAAACUUUCUUUUGUAUUAAAGCACUUUGUUAAAAUGGGACUUUAUUAAUGGGUUUGCUUUUUUAUUUUUAGAUUUCCUUUGUUUUUCCACAUAAGCUAACACCUGGAGCUUUUCUAAGAACUGUGAACUAUAAUUUGGAUAUUUCCUGUUGUAAAAUCACAGCAUGAUGAUUGAAGAUUUCCUAUAAAAAAUCCAGAUAGUUUCUACUUUCAUAGUUCGAUUUAUAAAAUUCAAUCAAAACGAGUGCAAACGAAAUCUGCAUUUUACGCAUAACCAGCAGCUAGAUGAUAUCAGCGAGGCACAUGCUACAUGUUAAAGGCUGUUUGUCAAUCAGUUUUGUUAUGUAGAAAGUGAUCAAGGCUGUCAAUUAGAGACGCAUGGAUUAGCUUUUCUGUUUUUGUAUAGAAAUCUAGCCUCUAGAACAUAUCGCCCUCGAACUCCACAGAAGUGCCUUGCCUUAGGUGACAGGUUAUGUGUAGAAUUGUCAGAGCAGACACUAGUAGUUCAACAUGUUUCUGUAUAUUUAACCUUACAAAAGCAUCAAGAUGUGUAUAACUAUAUGUAAAAGUGUAUUCUGCUGUAUUUGGCCAAUAUCCAUAAAGUAUUUUAGAGGGGGGGUAAAAAAGUUCAAUUGUGAGUGCCUGCGUUCAGACCUUCAGAAAAGCAUCCUGUACCCACAAUUCCUUGUGGUUGUGGUGCUUUGUUUUGGUGCAGCUUCACCUUUCGGAGGAUAUGGGCGUUUUUUUGUUUGUUUUGGGAGUAUGCAAACAUCAAUUGAAACUUGUAUAAAGGCGUACACAAAAGGCUUUUAGGACUGUGGAGUUUUCUUGGACUAAUUCUGCAGUGAAUGAAAAGUUUCAUUGUUUACUCGUAGAAUGGAUUUUGCAUAGGAUUUAUGCUUAGGUUCUUCUAAUUGAAACGACCUUCUACUGUGUUUAAAAAAGAAAAAAAAACAACAACUUUAUAUUCUUGCUUUGAAUCCAGUAGAAACACAUGUAUCUCCAGGUACAGUCUUUUGCUACACAUGAAUAUGGGAUAAUGCAUUGUUUACAUUCUCUCAAAUGACAAUGAAGCAACUCAGAGGAAAAGAAAAAGAAAAAUAUCAAGAGAGCCAAUGGUAUUUGAGCAUUAUCAUUACUAUAUUACAGGCAGGCUAAACACUUCUGGUAUUGCAUGUUAUGCGAUGUAAGUAACCAGCUAUUUAAAAAAAAGAAAAGAAAAAAAUGGUCGCACUGUGUCACACUGCCAGAAUAUUUGUAUUGACUUAUUUUGAUGUAGGUAAGGCUAAAUAACUUUUGCAAGCUUCGCUGCUACUACAAAAGGUAUAAAUGUAGUUUCUUGUUAUAGAUGUUUGAAUGUUAUUGUGUACCUGCAGCUCAGAUUUCAGAAACUAUGAAACCAUUUGUCUAAUGUAUCUAACUUAAAUUUGUUUUUUUUCUAAUUGUGCAUUUGUUAAUCCAUUCGAGUCCAAUUUUCUAUACUUUUGUAAAUCACUUCAAAUGAUGUCAUGGGCUUGCGUACUACUAUAGAUUGUCCUGUUUUGACUUUGAUGUAACGUAAAUACUUUUGUUGGCUUUGUGGUUUCUCUGUACACUGGAUAGCGGUGUACGUUGCAGGUAAUUUGAAAACCUUUUGGCCUUUUUUUUUUGUUUGUUUUUAUUUUACCUGGGAGGUAAAGGAAGAAAAAAAAGGCGCCUGGUGUGACAAAUGUCAGAUCAAGCCAAAGCGGCGUUCCAGUCAGACGUUUAUGAUAAAGGAAUCGUUGAAAAGCAGGGAGGAUUUUUCCUUUAAUGUUUCAUAUUUUGGUUAUUAAACCUGAGCAACAGGAUUUACAUUUGCUUUGCAGCGUUAAUAGAUUUAUUAUAUUUUGCAGUUUUACCAAAGACCUGUAUUCUUUCUUUCUUUCUACUAUAUUUCAUUUGUCUUAUUCAUUAGGAAAUCUUAAGUAGAUUAAAGGAAUCAUGUCACCUAGCAACCUUAAAUAGAUGGAAAAAUUCAAUAAAAAUGAUAAAUGACACCUUUUCUUUACAUUUUUAAUUAUUUAACGGCAGUCAUAGUGAGUUAUUAGCUGAACAAAAAUGCAUGGGUGAGAUCCUUCCCAACAUGUAUUUGUAAUUUUGAUUUGGUGGCGCGUGUACAUCGGCGGAUUGUGCGACGCUAGCUUGCACAUUCUGGCCAUAAGUGAGGUUUCCGUGUGGGUUUUAUAGUCGUCUACAGUGAAGGAUUGCUUUUGGGAAUGACGUUUGUGCUUCUGAAGUGGCCAAAUAAACUUCAUAACUGUACUGUUUUUUUAUUUUUGCUUAAUCGAGAUAGUUUAUAACGUCGUUCGGUAUGUGUUCUAUAUUGAUAUGGUAGGCCUACAGGUGCUUUUUAUUCGAUUUCUCUCAAAGGUGUCGUUUUUGUUCCUCAUUAACCAGAGAACAGUUUAUCGCAGUGGCAGAAGAAUCCGGCAGAUCUGGCGUGUUGCUCGUGCGUUUUUAGGUCUGUGGUCUUACAGAAAAUCCGUUUGUGUCAAUUGACAUAUUUCAGGAAAAGAAACAAAUGUCGGGUAAGCAUAGCUUCUCUGCAUUGUUUUUUUCCUGCUUCUUUCGAUUUAAUCUCUUAGUGGACCAAUUACUUUUUAACAAAACUGUGCCUUUUUAAUAUUUACAUGACAUAGACUGACUGAAGGGAGGGGGGAGGGGGAAAUUACGGUUAUUUCGAAAUUCAAAUUCCAGUGCCUUAAAUAAUUCCGUAGACCACAAAAAUCCCUGCGUGUUCAGGCUAAAAGCAACAAAUUAUUGCAAUUUGAUUCACCAACUCACAAAUAUUUGUCUGCCAUACAGUCCAAGAAACCUCAACAAUACCAAACCACUGAACACAACAAUUAUGAACGAGUCAUUCGGCACCACAAAGUUCAAGAAAAGCACCAAAUAGGGCGCGUUUUGUAAAUUUAUUCGUGAUAUUUGUGUCAUUAUGCUCUGGAAUAGUUCAAUAUAUUUUGCAUUAUUGUUAGUUGUUGUGUCUUUAUUUUGUUUUUUUAACUUCUAUAAAUGGAGCCAGAAAAUUUAUGCAAUCUUGUACAUGUUAUAAAAUAUGAUGUAUGGAGCUGUUUGAAUUAAGUAAAAGCAGAAAAGUAAAAAAUGUGGAACCUGCAGGUCCAUGUACUUACAUUUAAGGAGACUUUUUUUUUUUUUUUUUUACUUCAUUAAAGCCCUGAAAUAUUGAAUGUAUUCUUCCAAAUUAGAUAUUCAACUAUUAGGUCACUGGAUAUUACGGAGCACAGUUUAUUGAUUAUGAUGUAGCAUCUAGUUGUAAACUGAUAUUCAAUAAAGUCUACUAGAAUCUAAACAAAUGCAAGUUUUUGCAAGUUUCUAUUUGUCGAUGUAUCGAGACAUUAUAAGAAAAGAAAUGUAUUUUUCUCAGGGGAAAAGCAGUGACGUGAUCUGGAAUGUGUUUAGUCCGAGGAAAUUGCAUUUCGUUGAAUUAUUUACUGAAUCACAUUAUUUAUAUAUAUAUAAAUAUAUGGGGGAAAAAGGAUGUCCCUGAUUUUGUGAGGAGCUGUAUGGAAACGUAGGAAAUUGUAAUCUAAGCUAAAAAAUUGUAGAGUAAUUUCUUGGCAUAUUGGUAUUUUGUGUUGUUAACACAAACAGGUGCAAGUCUUAGAGUAUUAGAUGUUUCUUUUUCUACAUUGAGGAUUGUGUACCAUUAUAUAUAUUUACUGUAGUGUGCUACUAGUUUGUUAACACUUGUUAAAAUGUUACACUACAGUUAUGCAAUGGUUUAUGGAAUUUACACAUUAUUUUUACCAUCUUGAAAAUUAAAGUAAUUUUUUCAUUUGUAA